AUGGCCUCGUCAACGCUCUCCGUGCCGGAGCAAGUUCGCCAGCUCAAUGACGCUCGGAAACUUGUCCUCGGAGACGUCAAGUAUUACCCGAGCGUGGUGAGAGGCAUCCUGCCCAUCAUCGGGCCUUCGGCACCGCUCGAACUUCGUCGAUGGGGCGCCGACUUCUUGGCCGAAGCCUUCUCGACGCCCGCGCUACCGAAUGGGGAAAAGGAAACGAUGCAGCCAUACGUGCUGACGACGCUCGAGUCGCUAGCUGAGAAUGAGAGGGAGGAUGCGAAUGUGCUGCGCAGCGUCAUCCAGACGGCUGCGAGCAUCUACCCUCUUGCCAUGAGGUGGAUCAUCAAUAACGGCUACGAUACGGUCACAUGGGAGAGAAUGAUGGGAAUCAAGCAGAGAAUACUGCGCAUCUGGGACACGGCGGUGCCAUUGGUGAAGAUCAGCUGCAUCAAGUUCGCCCAGCGUGUUGUCCUUGCCCAGACCGUCGCGAUAAGCUCCGAGUUUCGCUACGGCGGCGCCCUCGACGUUUCUCUGGACAAGAUCCCACCAAACCACCAGUCACUGGACCCGCGAAAUCUGGAAGCAGAAGCUACGGGCUUGCUGGACCGCAUGCUCGGCGACUUGCAAGAGAGCAGCGAUGCCUUGGUCGUAGGCGCAACGCUCAACUGCUUGUCGAUCCUCGUUCGGACCCGGCCUGGAACGUCGGGUCGGAUCAUCAACGCACUGCUCAACUUCAACCCACUCAAAGCGGCCAACUCGCCGACGACGCCGACGAUACGGGUCAUGGUCAAGUCGAUGGAGAAGACGGUGCGGCUGUUGCUGAUUCACCUCAGCAAGAGAGACCCUCACAAUCCCAUCGUGCCGAGGAUACAGCAGCAUGUCGAGCGCAACAUGCGCGCCGUGGCGGAGAUGUUCGACGAUGCCGGCAAGAAGCGGCCCCGGGAGCCGCAAGCUCACGAUGGCGUCGACGUCAAACGACAGCGAGUCGUAGGCUCACACAUCCCGAUCCCUCCUCUUGGAUCCGGACCACAUUCUCUCGGGGACGUCUUUACGCUCAUCGCCAAUGACGAGCUGAAGACGUUUGACAUUUCCCAACUGCCGCCGGCCUUGGUUGCCAAGGUAUCCGUGACGGCCCUUGCGGGACUGGAACCAGAGCUGCUGACGGCGGCCGUCGACGCCAUCCGCAGUCGUCUCCACGCGCUGGCGACGGCGCCUCCGCCGGAACUGAAUCCAAACACGGCACCGCUGGGCGUCGAGGACGACGACGACGACGACUACGAGCCCGACUUCUACCAAGCCGAGGACACGGAACAGAUUCUCAACAAGCUCGACGGGGCAUCGGCAGGCGACAAACCACUUGCGCUGGAUAGCAGCCUCGCCUUGGCCUCCUUCAGCCUUCCGCCACCGCCGGAGCUGACGGCGGAUAUGGCGCUUAGAGCAGGCAGCGGGACGAUCGCCAGAGUCUUGGAGAUGAUGAAAACUCUCGAGGAGCCGACGGUCAAGAAGGACAAGGUGGGAUUUCACAGGCUCGCGGCGAGCUCUGGUAGUCGAGAUGCGUGGGUGUCCAUCCUGACGCGUCUGGGGACCCGCGCCUCGGCCGGCCUCGAGGAGAUUUCUGUCAAGGGCGAAGAAGACGUCGACGGCCCUCGGCCGGGGACGGUCAGCAACGACAUCCGCGAAGUGCUGUACAACUUCGUCAUGGAAGACUUUCGCAAGCACACCGACAUCGCCGUGUCGUGGCUCUGCGAGGAAUGGUACAACGACAAAGUGCAGAGCAGAGCGGGAGGAGAACAUCCGGUGCAUUACGAGAAGUGCGCGCUGCGACUUAUGGACGGCUUCCUGCCGUACCUGCACCCGCAGGACAAGGUCUUGACGCGCUUCCUGAGCGAAAUUCCGGACCUCAACCGGACGAUCCUGUCGCGGAUAAAACACAUGUGCCGCGACCCCAGCGUGACGCAGCUCGCGCUGACGAGCCUGCUAUACCUCGUGAUCAUGCGACCGCCGGUCAAGGAGAUUGCGCUGGACACGGUGCAGGACAUUUGGACAGAAUUCGAAGACGCUCGGCCGAUGGCAGGCAAAUAUCUGGCAAAGUACCGUCCGGCGUUUUUGGAGGUGGCGAACAAGAAGGCCGACGGCGAAGAAACGGCGACGGCGACGGCAACGGCAGCGGCAACGGCGACAUCAGCGCCCAUCGCGGCCUGA